AUGAGGUUGCUAGGUGGGAUUGUGAGGCUUGUUGCUCUGGUGUUGAUGUUGGUCGUCGGUUCGUCGGUUCACCAGGCGGUGGGAGUUGGUGCUAUCAGGCUGCACGACAGAAGGACGCACGGGGAGCAGUGGGCGGAGGAGAGGAUGCAGAUGAGGUCCUACAUGACCAUGGACUACACCCGCGUCAAGCGCCGCACGCCCAAGCACAACUGA